UUUUUUACUAAUCAAGCAGAUGGCGCUUAAAAACCUGGUCACUCUCUGAAAAGCAUGCUCCAAAGCAAUGUUCCUCACCAAUCUCUCAAAACUCAAGAAGCUCUCCGUACCUUUCAAACCCAAACUCUCACCUCUCUCAUUCCUCUCUACGCACCCGGAAAGCCAACCACACCAAGAACUAGCACUGAUCCACCAACAACAAAGCAUUUGCAUAACCAACAGGUCAUACUGGACCAAAAAGAUCCAUGACCUCUGCACCAAACACCACAACGUUGAUGAAGCCCUCCGCCUUCUUGACCAUCUCCGCCUCCGUGGAUACCUCCCGGACUCCCUCAAUCUCAGCAGCAUAAUUCACGGGCUCUGUGAUGCCAACCGCUUCAGUGAAGCCCACCAACGCCUUAUCAUCUUUUUAACCUCCCUUUGUGUCCCUGAUGAGCGUACUUGUAAUGUACUCGUUGCUCGCUUGCUUCAUUCUAAGGACCCAUUUAGGACAUUGAAUGUUAUUCAUCGUUUGAUUGAAUUUAAGCCUGAGUUUGUGCCUUCGUUGAUUAAUUAUAACCGUUUGAUCGAUCAGUUUUGCUCGGUCUCGCUGCCGAAUGUAGCGCAUAGGAUGUUGUACGACAUGAUUAACAGAGGGCACUGUCCAAGUAUUGUAAGUUAUACUACUUUGGUUAAUGGGUAUUGUAAAACUGGUGAAAUCUCUGAUGCUUAUAAGCUGUUCGAUGAAAUGCCUGAAUGGGGUGUUGUCCCUAAUUCGCUGUCUUAUAGCUUGUUGAUUCGUGGAGUUUUAAGAAAGAGAGACAUUGAACGUGGAAGAGAAUUGAUGCACGUGCUCUUUCAGAGAAUGAGAUAUGAAGAGGAUCAGUCUGUGAAUAGUGCCGCUUUUGCUAAUCUUGUUGAUUGUUUGUGUAGAGAAGGGCUUUUUAAUGAGGUUUUUAUGAUUGCCGAGGAAAUGCCACAAGGAAAUAGGGUGAAUGUGGACUUUGCUUAUGGGCAUUUGAUUGAUUCCCUUUGUAAGGUUGGGAGGAGCCAUGGUGCUUCCAGGGUUGUUUAUAUAAUGAGGAAAAAAGGGUUUACACCAAGUUUAGUGUCAUAUAAUUCAAUCAUACAUGGGCUUUGUAAGGAAGGGGGUUGCAUGAGAGCUUAUCAGUUGUUAGAGGAAGGGGUUGGAUUUGGUUACUUGCUGUCUGAGUAUACUUACAAGGUUCUGGUAGAAGCACUUUGUCAAGCAAUGGAUCUUGACAAGGCAAGGGAAGUUUUAAAAGUUAUGUUGAACAAGGAAGGGAUGGAUAGAACUAGGAUUUACAAUAUAUAUUUGAGAGCUCUUUGUCUCAUGAAUAAUCCAACUGAGCUUUUGAAUGUGCUUGUUUCUAUGCUACAAACUAAUUGUCAGCCUGAUGUGAUCACUCUUAACACAGUUAUUAAUGGGUUUUGCAAGAUGGGAAGGGUUGAAGAAGCUUUGAAGGUGCUAAAUGAUAUGAUGACGGGGAAAUUUUCUGCCCCUGAUGCUGUGACCUUCACUUCCAUCGUAAGUGGUUUAUUAGAUGUUGGAAGAAGUCAAGAAGCUCGCGAUUUAUUGCUUCAAAUGCUUGAAAAGGGUAUCACUCCUGGUGUUGUGACAUACAAUGCAAUUCUUCGUGGUUUGUUUAAACUUCAGUUAACAAGUGAGGCAAUGGCGGUUUUUGAUGAAAUGAUAACUGAUGGUGUAGCUGCCAAUAGUCAAACUUACAGUAUAAUAGUCGAGGGAUUAUGCGAGUCUGGCCAAAUAGAUGGGGCUAAGAAGUUCUGGGAUGAGGUUAUUUGGCCGUCAAAAAUCCAUGAUGAUUUUGUUUAUUCAGCCAUUCUCAAAGGACUUUCCCGCUCAGGCCAUUUGAAUGAGGCCAUACAUUUCCUUUAUGAAUUGGUAGAUUCUGGGGUCAGUCCUAAUAUUGUAUGCUAUAACAUUGUGAUUGACAGAGCUUGCAGCUUAGGUAUGAAAAGAGAAGCCUACCAAAUUGCAGGAGAAAUGCAAAAGAAUGGUUUGGCCCCUGAUGCGGUAACGUGGCGGACUCUUGAUAAAUUACAUGGACAAGUGAAGAAUUGAUUUAACAAUUAACAUACGAUUCAACUUGUCAGUGGGCAGAAGGCUUGUGGGUGAGGGGUGGAUUCAACAUCCGUGUAUGUGAAGCAUAUUCUGCAGAUACUGAAGGAAUGAAAAAAGUUCUUGUUAAGGAUUAUGUGUCCAAAAAGAACGGAUUUCCUGCUUUCUCUCGGCCAUGUAAAGGAAUCACAUACUGAAAUCUCUAAUGCCCCUAAAUUGGUCUUCACGACACCGUAAAAAGACAUGAUUCUUGGUGGAGAUCUGCUUUGGUCUGCAAAAAAGAGCAUUCUGGAGAAACUCUCAAUUUUUUGUCAGGAGAAAUGAUAACACAAUUUGUGGGAGAGAUUGUACAUAAAUGAGAAACAACAUGAUACAGCAGUCUGGUGAGGGUUUUAUAUAUAUAUAUCUUCAUUCUCAGGAAAUAAAGAGGCAAUCAAUUUGCAGUGGCUGGAAUUGACUUUUGUUGCGUUCAAGCUGCAGUCAAUCACCCCAGCUGGCUAUUAA